AUGGACCAGGCAACAGAGGAACCACAACAACCUCGGGGGUUCCGCAGACGUCUCUACCAAUGGGCUGGUCAGGCGGUCAACCAAUUGCUUGACGUUAACAUGGGGCCUGCUGCUGCUCUCUCAGCUCCAAGUUAUCAGACAGGCAUGAUCUCUACACCGAAGCCUUCACAUGACGAUGAUGGCAGUGACGUCUCAAAUCCUUCUGCAUCAUCUGAUCCUUGCCUCUUGUGGUUCAAGGUGCGUGGUACUCUCGCAGCACUUCUUCUGCCGUACCCUGUUUCGUCUCUUGAAUACACUGCGAACAAUGCCCGGUUGAUGGCCUCACCGCUGCCGACAACCACUGCACCGAUCUCCGUCAACACACCGACCCCAACACCACCUUGCAAGCCGUAUCCUCCCAGUAUAGACAUUGUCUGCGUCGACCCUAUCGGGAACGUUCAUAGUGCCACAACGUACGUCAAGCGUGACCUGGGGUUUCAAGGUCAACUCGGCCAGUACGUCCUCCUCAGCUACGGCGACACCCUAUACAGUGAUGCCAACUACAGCGAUACGUGGCGCGGCAUGACGAGCGACUCAGUCGCGAUAGCCACGCAGAAUCCGCUCGUGGUUGUGGAUCCUGUUCUCGACUCGAACGGCUACCCGCCACAAUUCUGCCCACUAAUAUCUUCCUUUGGAGAAGAUGCGGCCACAUGCGCCUUAGGCAUCACCAAUGUGGUCGAGACCACUUCGCCGAACGAAGGCGUCAUGUUCUUCCUCCUCAACCACCGUCCCAACGGAGCAAACAACCUGAUCGGCGCUGGCGUCGCUUCGAUCACCCUCGACACGUCGGCAUAUCCUCCUGUUCCGCAGAUAAGCCGUCUGCCUCCGCAAUAUUGGUGGGAUGCUACGUCUGAACCUUGGUACGGGGAUGUUUGCGCGCUGGGGUGGAAUGGAUAUGUCUAUGCAUACGGUCACGGCCCCCAAGGCAAUCCUUGGGUAUACUUGACUCGAGUUCGUGCAGAGGAAGCCACCAACGUCAGCUGUUACGAGUACUGGAACGGCGAGACAUGGCAGAGCGACAAACUCGAUGGGAAAGCCAUUGCAGCGAAGGAGAGCGUGUUCUGGCAGAUCAACCAGGGACAGGUGGUCUGGUCCAACUAUUUUGAAUGCUUUCUCUUCGUGUACUGCGACAACUGGAUGAACUCAAAGGUGCUACUGAAAACUGCUCAACAGCCCGAAGGACCCUGGUCGGAUCCGAUAACACUGUAUCAAGCGACGCCCAUCACUCUGGGCAGUUCAAUCUACGCUGCGGUGCCGCAUCCCUACUUCGAUGAGACAGGAAAGACGCUGGUUGUCACUUUCACGAACCAUCCCAAUACCGUGCAAGCUGUGCGAGUCGUCUUUGCCUGA